AUGUACAGAUCAAUCCUACGCACAUCUGCGAGGCAGCUGGCCUCUUCAGCGCGGCCAGCUGCAGUCAGAGGCUACGCUGCUCAUUCUGCCCCUGAUCCAUUCAAUUGGCAGGACCCAUUGAACACGCAGAGCCUCUUCACGGAGGAGGAAUUGGCCAUCCAGGAGACGGCUGAGGCUUAUUGCCAGGAACGCAUGCUUCCGCGAGUGCUUCAGGCAUACCGGGACGAGAACUACGACAAGAAGAUCCUCGAGGAGAUGGGCGAACUAGGUCUGCUUGGAGCUACCAUCAAGGGGUAUGGUUGUGCGGGCGUGUCGAGUGUUGCAUCCGGGCUCAUCACAAAGGCUGUCGAACGCGUCGAUUCCGGGUACCGAUCCGGGAUGUCCGUCCAGUCGUCUCUGGCGAUGGGGGGCAUUGACGAGUUUGGGACGGCAGAGCAGAAGGAGAAGUUCUUGCCUCUGAUGGCCCAGGGGAAAUUGCUAGGGGCCUUUGGCCUUACGGAGCCCAAUCAUGGAAGUGAUCCGGGAUCGAUGGAGACCGUGGCGAAACCCCACCCUACGAAGAAGGGAUACGUGUCGAUAUCAGGGGCCAAGACUUGGAUUACGAACUCUCCUAUAGCCGAUGUGCUAUUGGUGUGGGCCAAGUACAGUGAGACGGGGAAGAUCAAGGGGUUCUUGGUCGAGAGGAAGGAUUGCCCACCUGGGACAUUAGAGACACCUGCUAUCAAGAACAAGAAUGGCCUUCGAGCUUCGCUUACAGGAAUGAUCCAGCUCGACGAAUGUCCUGUACCGUUAGAGAACAUGUUCCCUGACGUUGAGGGCUUGCGAGGCCCGUUCACAUGUUUGAAUGGUGCCCGGUACGGUAUCGCCUGGGGCAUGACCGGUGCCUUGGAGGACUGUAUCGCUCGGGCAAGGACAUACGCCUUGGAGAGGAAGCAGUUCAAGGGGAACCCCCUGGCCAAGUACCAACUGAUCCAGAAGAAGUUGGCGGACGCCGUCACGGAUGCCGCCUACGGUACGGUGGCCGCCAUCCAAGUCGGCCGGCUCAAGGACGAGGGCAAGGCCACGCCCGAGAUGAUCAGUAUGAUCAAGAGACAGAACUGCGACCGGGCUCUCCACAAUGCGCGGGUGCUGCAAGAGAUCUUUGGUGGCAAUGCCGUGAGCGACGAGUACGGGAUUGGAAGGCAUGUGGCGAAUUUAUUCGUUACCCAGACUUAUGAAGGCCAGUCAGAUAUUCACAGUCUGAUCCUCGGACGGGCGAUUACGGGAAUUCAAGCGUUUGCAUAG